AGACAGAAAGAGAGAAAGGUUGACGUCAUCACCGGGAAAAUGGCUGAAGGGGAGCUGAAUGUUGACAGUAUAAUAUCAAGACUUUUAGAAGUUAGAGGUUGUCGACCUGGAAAAACAGUACAGCUGACUGAAGCCGAAGUUCGAGGAUUAUGUUUAAAAUCACGAGAAAUUUUCUUGAGUCAGCCCAUACUACUUGAGUUGGAAGCUCCUCUUAAAAUAUGUGGUGAUAUUCAUGGUCAGUACACAGAUCUUCUCCGCUUGUUUGAAUAUGGAGGUUUUCCACCAGAGGCAAAUUAUCUCUUUCUUGGAGACUAUGUAGAUAGAGGAAAGCAGUCUCUAGAGACUAUAUGUUUAUUAUUGGCUUAUAAAAUCAAGUAUCCAGAAAACUUCUUUUUGUUGAGAGGAAAUCAUGAAUGUGCGAGCAUUAAUAGAAUAUAUGGGUUUUAUGAUGAAUGCAAACGACGGUACAACAUCAAACUGUGGAAGACUUUCACUGAUUGCUUUAAUUGCCUACCUAUUGCAGCAAUAAUUGAUGAGAAGAUAUUCUGUUGUCAUGGAGGAUUGUCACCUGAUCUACAAUCCAUGGAACAGAUUCGUCGCAUCAUGAGACCAACAGAUGUCCCUGAUACAGGACUUCUCUGCGACCUUCUUUGGUCAGACCCAGACAAGGAUGUCCAAGGAUGGGGUGAAAAUGACCGGGGUGUAUCUUUUACAUUUGGAGCAGAUGUUGUCAGUAAGUUCCUCAAUCGUCAUGACCUGGAUUUGAUUUGCAGGGCUCAUCAGGUUGUAGAAGAUGGAUACGAAUUUUUUGCUAAACGUCAACUGGUCACACUGUUUUCAGCUCCAAACUACUGUGGUGAAUUUGAUAAUGCUGGUGGGAUGAUGUCUGUGGAUGAAACUUUGAUGUGUUCAUUCCAGAUCCUUAAGCCAUCAGAAAAGAAAGCCAAAUACCAGUAUGGUGGUAUUAAUUCUGGACGACCUGUGACACCUCCUCGUGGGCCUGUGAAGAAGAAGUAAAAAAAACAACAAAAAAACUACACACUAGGUUCAGUAGCAUUGAUGUAUAUUCUUUAGUCCAUGAUCUGUUUUACAGUGCUUAUGGACCUGAUCUUGUUGGUGUUUUAUUGACUUAGAGAUAAAUUUCCCCUUGUUUGGGGCAUUUAUGCACAUGUAAUUCUGUCGUGUUCUUUAUGUAAGGUAUUCAUUUGUUCCACCAAUCUUGUUUCAUUGACUUUCAUCAUGUCUUAAGUUAUUUUAAGUCCAAUGUAACCUUCUUGGAAAGUUCUUUUCAAUACCUAAAAGGUAAAUUAAAAUGCUAGCUUUAAAAAUAAUGCAAACAAAUGUUAUUACUGAUGUGUAUUUGCUUGCCCUAUGAGAACGGUAAGGCAAGUACAUUUGAAAAUCAUUACAUUUGGCUAAAAGCAAGGUAUUAAUCUGAACAUUUCCCUUUCUUUUGAUGCAAAUAUACUUAUCUUUUGGCUCUGUCUUUCAAAGUCGUAGUAUACUUAAUUAAGGAAGUAAUUACACUAAAACUUUAAAAAGAUAUAUGAAUAAAUCUCAAAUGCAAUUAAAUUUAUUACUUUGAAAAUAUUUGCUAACUUUAUCACACCAGAUGUAUUUGUAUAGUUUGAUAAAAGAGUUUAAUCGAAACACUUUUUCGUAAGUUUUGGACAGAGAAUUUGUGCAAGAUUUUGUUUGCCAGCAAGGUGAGUCCAUUGUUGACUGCCAACUGAUGAUUUGUUUGCCAGCAAGGUGAGUCCAUCGUUGACUGCCAACUGAUGAUUUGUUUGCCAGCAAGGUGAGUCCAUCGUUGACUGCCAACUGAUGAUUUGUUUGCCAGCAAGGUGAGUCCAUCGUUGACUGCCAACUGAUGAAGAAUUCAUGGAAUUUGAUGAGUGUCAAUUGUAACAAAAGACCUUAACUUGGUGAUCCUCUUGUCCAUUAUUGUAAAGAUGAAACUGUUGGAGUACUAGAUGUUCCUAAAUUGAACUUAACACCAACCACUUCAAUCUUAAUGGUUAGACUGCCGACACAGAAAUUAUUCACCUAACCUGUUCUUGAAUACAUUUCUUUGAGUUGAAUUGAGAGAAAGUUGUAAUUACUGGAUUAUGAUACCUUCCAGAGUUGUAAAAAGUCCUUUGAAAGUCUUUAAUGGCUGUUUCUCUAGUUUUAACAUAACAGAAAUUUUAAGGUCUCAAACCAUAAUGUACAGAAUAGUUUAUUAACAACCAGUCAGUUCUUGUGUAUCAUUAUGGUAAGUUUUCAUUCACAGAUAGGUAUAUAUUCAUUUGCAAAUAUUAUUAUGGAGUUAACAAGAACUGUUAAGAUGCUGUGUACAGAAUCUAUUUUUCGCUAACGGUAGUAAAACUUAAAUGUGUAGAAUGCUUGGUAUCAAAAGGUUGCAAUUACUGAAAUUUGUAAAUUAUGAAAGUUCAAUUAAAAGGUUUGUAAAUACUGGUGGAUUAUUAUUGUUACUUGAGCACACAGUAAUCUACCAGGUAAGAUUGAGUGUUGUUUGAUUCCAAUUUCACUGAGUAAUUUGUUUUUCUGUAAAAACUUGUAGUCUUAUAGGAGAUAUUUUUUUCUGUUAUUACUUCAGCAUAUCGGUAUGUUUUUAUUCUUUUUUCACUUGUAGUAAUGUUCAAUUUCCAGUUCUGUAGCAGUGUUUAUUUAAUCAUCUGCUCGGCUACGGCAGAGUGGACAGUCCAGUAGGAUUCUAUACAAUUAUUAUGUAGACUAAUAAAGAAUAAUUGAAAACUUGUC